GAGUGUGGAGCAGCAGCAGCGGUGGAAGCCUCACUGCCUCUCCUCGCCUCAGCAGUGCGGGAACCACAGCAGCAGGGAGAGCAGAAUGGAUACGGAAGGGAGCCAGAGCAGCCUGUCGUCCGGCACGGAUAACUCCCCCCACGACCCCUGCAAAAUGUUCAUCGGGGGUCUGAGUUGGCAGACAACACAAGAGGGCUUGAGGGAAUACUUCUGCAAAUUUGGCGAGGUGAAGGAGUGCAUGGUGAUGCGGGAUCCCGUUACCAAGCGGUCGAGGGGCUUUGGCUUCGUUACAUACGCGGAUCAGGCCGGCGUGGAAAAGGUUUUGGCGCAAAACAGACAUGAAUUGGAUUCUAAAACGAUCGACCCAAAGGUGGCCUUUCCUCGCAGGGCUCAGCCUAAGCUUGUCACCCGAACAAAGAAGAUCUUUGUUGGAGGGCUUUCGGUCAACACAACCAUCGAGGAUGUAAAGCAAUACUUCGAUCAGUUUGGGAAGGUUGACGAUGCCAUGCUAAUGUUCGACAAAACGACCAACAGACAUAGAGGUUUUGGCUUUGUCACUUUUGAGAAUGAAGACGUGGUCGAGAAAGUUUGUGAGAUCCAUUUCCAUGAGAUCAACAACAAAAUGAUCAAGUUGCCCAAGGUGGCGGUGGGGUUAUGGUAUGGGCAGGCGUCUGUUAUGGACGAAGAACACAGCUCAUUUUCUGCAUUAAAAGUGAAUCUUUUUACUCUGUUUUUUACAGGCUAUCCAGGUUUCCAGACUACUACCUACACCAGCCGCAGUUACUCUGGAUUAGCACCUGGAUACACUUACCAGUUUCCAGAAUUCCACUUAGAGCGGACCCCCCUUCUGACAUCAUCCCACCCCCCUGAGCUGGCAGCCAUUCCACUCACUGCAUACGGUCCAAUGGCAGCAGCUGCAGCAGCAGUAGUCAGAGGCUCCACCCCAUCACGCACAGCUGGCUUCCUGGGCACCAGCAGCCCCGGACCAAUGGCUGACCUGUACGCCGCAGCCAACCAAGACUCAGGAGUCAGCACCUACAUCAGUGCCGCCAGCCCCGCCCCCAGCACAGGGUUCGGACAUGGUCUAGGGGGUCCUCUGAUUGCCACUGCGUUCACUAAUGGCUACCACUGAAGAGGCUCAGGUCACAGAGGAUCGGAGGGCUCCUCCUCUGUCUGCUGUUGUGCUAAUCAGAAUGCUGACUGCCCUUUGACGGCACAAUCUGAUUGGCUGGCCGCGGGCUCUCCUGGCACCACGUGGCUCCACCCACCGACUGAAGAUCUUUUUAAAACCAGAACCCUUGUUUCUCUGUACUAAUCUCACUUCGACGUAACGUCCCCGGUUCUUCUAGUUUUUUUUUUCUUUUCUUUUGUACUCAUGUCCUCAAACUAGUCCCUCGACAACCCCGACAUCCUUCCUCGGUCAUCCUUUUGUUUCCUCUAUUGAGGCUGAGAGGAGAAAACUGCAGGAAAAUUGUAUGAAAAGCCGUCGGAGGAAGAGGACGAACUGUUUUGAAUUUUAUUUUUUUUUUCUAAAUGAUUUUAUUAUAAUGUGAUGUGUUAUUUUAUCAUGAAAUCUUUCAAAGCUGUUACUGAUGUGGUAAAAACAAACAAAAUAUGUGAGGUGGGGGCAUUUUUAACAAAGGAAGAACAAACCCAACAAAAGUCCUUUUUUACGCUGCAACUGUCACUGAAAACAGAAGAAGAAGAAAAAAUGUAUAUUUUGGUAGUCUUUAAAAACAAAAAACCUUUGUAAUAUUGUUAUUAAUAUUGACAUAAUAAUGAUAAUCUGUAAGGUAUUUUAUUCUUUAAUUGGUUUUAAAGCAAUGUUUUUAUGUCUUCCUGUAAGAUAUUGUAUAUAAAGGUGGGGUGGGAUGGAGGGGAUUCUCAUUGGUUGGUUUUUGACUGGAUGUCAUAUGCUACUGUCUCCAAGCAUCUCACUACUUUAACAGUAUGCAUAUGGUUAGAUGUGCACACUGUGGGCCAGUCCGCUUUUGUGUCACUUCUGUGCAUUGCUGAAACGUGCAUUUUAGGAGUUUGUCAGGUGAAAUAUGCUCCAAUAAUCGACCAAAUCUUAUUUUUUCCUUCACUUUAAGAGUGAGCGUUUGACUCUUGAAUGACCAUGCAACUGAAGUUAAACAAAGUGGACUUAUGGAAGAAAAAUUAGCUUAAAAUGAGAAGAUGAAACAUGAAUACAUUUCCAGGAUCUUCUGUGGCCUAUUUUCUCUGUAUAUAACAAUCAAUUAGCUUUUUUCUUUUUCUUUUUUUUUUGUUUUGCUAUACCUCCUACAAAAUGCUAGAAGGACUCGGUGUAAGGAUGAAUUCUAACAAAGAAGGAGAAAAUCCGUUUGAAUCGUUUGCUUUCUAGCUGACACAUUUAUCCAUUUUACUCAAAAGUCAUCCCCUUUUUAAUUGCUUUACUCCUUCAGAAUUGCCAGCUGGACUUCUGCAUCUUCAUGUAGCACAUUUGA